AUGAGUGUAAGUCCAAGAAGAAUACUGAGGAGGUUCACAUUUGGGAUUCCUGUAUUGAUGAAUUUCAAAAGUGGCAGGCAUGUUCAUGAGGAACUGGCAAAAUAUGGUGACCUGGAGAAUCAAGUUUUGUGCAAAUGGACAUAUCUUGGUCAUGCACAUAUGCAGCUAAAUAAUGAGAAAGAUUCCCGAGAAAUGGAAGCUUGUGGAUGUGAUGAUGAUUUAUUAGAGGAGAUUGUAUUGGGUGAUCUUGCAGAUGGUCAUCAUGCUAAGAUAGGAUGCAGGGUAGCCUUCCCUAGCCAUCUCCCAUCAACCGCUACGAAUGAAUUAGGUCUUGUAGUAGGAAUCUCUGUUGAAACUUCCCUAGUUGAUGCUCAUAUAGGUGGCGUGGGGUUACUGGAAAGUGUGCCUAUAACAAAUUCCGAGCCCAAAGAGUGUUAUGUGACAAAGCUGAAUGGUCAUGCUGUUGUGAAUACUGUCACAGACAAGCUUGGAACAUCAAGGACACAUGGAAUUUCUACAUCUGGGAAAUCGUUUGAUAAGAGAAAAGAAAUGUAUGGAGUUCAUGUUGACUUCAUACCAUUUUGGAAUGCUACACUUAUGGACAAACGUAAAAUGAAAAAGUCACCAGAAGAGGCUCAAGAGGUUGUUGGGAACAUGAAUGAUGCUGCUGCUAGUGCCAAACAGAUAAGGGAGAUGGAACAAGGCUUGACCAGUUUGAUAGUUUUGGGGAAUGGGCUAUUUUCUGAUCUUAUUGCACAGCUGCAGGAUAUACUUGAUUGUGUAAAUGAAGCUGACAUCUUGCUGGAGAAGUUUGAUAGUGCAGUUAUUAGAGCUCAGAUUCAACAAUUGGAUCAAGAAAUCAGGGAGUUAACCUCAUCUGGACCUAUAACCAUCUACAAUGAGAAUUCUUCGUCUAGUGGCAAUUAUGCUUCAUAUUUAGUUCCAGUUGCUGCACUUGCUGCAAUGGGCUAUUGCUACAUGUGGUGGAUAGGUUGGUCAUUCUCAGAUGUGAUGUAUGUGACAAGGCAUAAUAUGGCAAAUGUUGUUGAAGCUCUAAUUAGAGAGGUAGCUAGCAAGAGCAAUGACUUUGCUAGGAACGGAACAAUAAAUACAUUGAAAAGGAGUGAAUGUGCUAUGGGCACCUAUUUGGAUUUAGUAUGCUCUCUUGGUCACAUGGAAAGCAAUUUUGUUGCCUUAGCUAUUGAUUUACAUGCUGAGUUCUCUAUGUUUUUCACUUGUAACCUUGACUUUCGGCCUUUAUGGGAUCCAGGGGAUGCAACUGCUAAAAUUGUUAAGAUGAUACUCUAUUUUAAAGCUGUCAAGGCAGAGUGGCUUAACAUGGUUGCAAAAAUAACCAAGUUAGGUAGUUUUAUGGUACAAUGGGAUAGAAGUGUUAAAGCUUUGAAUAAAGGAAAAAAGCAAAAAACUGGAGAUGGUGGAUAUAGUGAUGAGAUGGAGAGUUUGCAUGAUUUAAGUGUGAGCAAGGCUGUGGAUAUGGUGACUGGGUUCGAAAGUGCAUUGGCAGGACAUGUUGUUAACAAUAUAAUUCGUAGUACCACUGUAAGAUUGGAGAGACUUCACUCAGAGAGGCUUCAUAGAUUGCCAGAAUGGUGGUGUUCUGCGGUAUCUCAGCUGCUGAUGAUUGGUAAAUCCAUCCUAUCUAGUUCAAACAAAAGUCAGGAAGCAAAUGUCAAUGUUGUUUUGGGAGCUGGUAGAUCUGAGUCUACUGGUUGAGAACAUUUCAGCUGGGCAACUUGGUUUGGUCAAAAAUGUGACAAUCUUUAAGGACUUCACUACCAGCUUUGGUGAUGCAGCAUCAAAAGAUGGGUUGCAAGUCCAUGCAGGGUCUCCAUUUGACAAUAUGGGCAGAAUUCUUUUUGGGAAAAACAACGGCAAAGGCUGCAAAUAGGAGCAUGUUAUGCAGAAGCAAACAAUUAAGAAGCACAACCAGUUCUUCAUUUUAACCUUGAGGACAAGGUUGUUCUUAAGGGGUAGGCAAUGUUAUGACCCUGAUUAGCUUAAUCAUAGUUAGGCAUUGAAUUAGUUAGUAAAAUGGGAUUAUUACAAGUAAUUAGGAAAGUCUGUUAGAUUCUGCUAACUGGCAGUGGUUUGAGAGUAUUAUAAAUAGUCCAUUGUGUAAUGGCUUUGCCUGAUGGUUAAUUUGAUAAAAAGAAAUUAAAUACAAAAAUAUUUGGAGCUCUGCUCCUUCAUCUCUC